CGCUCGGUUCCGCUCGAGAGCCGCUUCGCCUCGCCUCCCCUCUCCUGCGCCUGCGCGGGUCCUCGGCGUCCUUGGCGGGUGGUGCUCCUGCCUUGGAGGCUCGCCGGACGCGUGAACCGGGCGAAAGGGUCCGGAGCGGCGAGGUCGGAGCGGCCACGGCGAGACCCCGAUAGCUGCCGACAUGCAGAGCUGCAGCCGAGUCUAUUGCGCUCUCGCCCAGAGAAGCCAUUUUGGUCGGAUCCAACAUGGUUUACAGAGCAUUUCUGCAGUGCCCUUAAGAACAUAUGCUGACCAAGUUGAUGCUGACAUUACAGUCAUUGGCUCUGGCCCCGGGGGCUAUGUUGCUGCUAUCAAAGCUGCUCAGCUUGGCUUUAAGACUGUCUGUGUGGAGAAAAAUGAAACACUUGGUGGAACCUGUUUGAAUGUUGGAUGCAUACCUUCUAAAGCCUUGCUAAACAAUUCCCACCUAUAUCAUUUGGCCCAUGGAAAAGACUUUGCUAGCAGAGGAAUUGAAGUUACAGGACUCCGGCUAAAUUUAGAGAAGAUGAUGGAACAAAAGAGUGGCGCAGUAAAGGCCUUAACAGGUGGGAUUGCUCACUUGUUUAAACAGAACAAGGUGACACAUGUCUCUGGCUUUGGAAAAAUAACUGGUAAAAACCAGGUCACAGCAACGAAAGAAGAUGGCAGCUCUCAGGUUAUUAAUACAAAGAACAUGAUCAUAGCUACUGGCUCCGAAGUAACACCUUUUCCAGGAAUUACGAUUGACGAGGAUACAAUUGUAUCAUCUACUGGGGCAUUGUCUUUGAAACAAGUCCCUGAAAAAAUGGUGGUAAUUGGUGCUGGAGUCAUUGGUGUCGAAUUGGGUUCUGUGUGGCAGCGUCUAGGUGCAGAUGUGACAGCUGUGGAGUUCUUGGGCCACGUCGGUGGAUUGGGCAUUGAUAUGGAGAUUUCCAAGAAUUUCCAACGUAUUCUUCAGAAGCAAGGUCUUAAAUUUAAACUGAAUACCAAAGUUACUGGUGCUACAAGAAACCCAGAUGGAAAGAUCGAUGUUUCGAUUGAAGCUGCUGCUGGUGGCAAGGCAGAGGUGAUUACUUGUGAUGUACUUCUUGUUUGUAUUGGCCGGAGGCCUUUCACUAAGAAUAUUGGUCUUGAAGAAGUUGGCAUUGAAUUGGAUAAAAAAGGCAGAAUCCCAAUCAACAACAGAUUCCAAACCAAAGUUCCAAAUAUCUAUGCUAUUGGUGAUGUUGUUGCUGGGCCAAUGCUUGCUCACAAGGCUGAAGACGAAGGCAUUCUGUGUGUUGAGGGAAUAGCUGGAGGUGCCGUUCAUAUUGAUUACAACUGUGUGCCCUCAGUAAUUUAUACACACCCUGAAGUCGCCUGGAUUGGCAAAUCUGAAGAACAGUUGAAAGAGGAGGGGGUAGAAUACAAGGUUGGCAAAUUUCCUUUUGCUGCCAACAGCAGAGCUAAGACCAAUGCUGACACAGAUGGCUUGGUGAAGAUGCUGAGUCACAAAUCAACAGAUAGGAUGCUGGGAGCUCACAUUCUAGGCGCAGGUGCUGGAGAAAUGAUUAAUGAAGCUGCUCUUGCAAUGGAAUAUGGAGCAUCAUGUGAAGAUGUAGCCAGAGUCUGCCAUGCACAUCCAACGGUAUCUGAAGCCUUCAGGGAAGCCAACCUAGCAGCAUCAUUUGGGAAAGCUAUCAAUUUUUAAAAUGAAAAGAUAUCCAAAAUGUACAGAGCACAUUUUUCUGUGAAAACUGACUUAGUCUUCUGAAUGUUUCCAGGACUCCCUAAACGAACUUUUGUGGAAAACAUGAAAUAUUUAAACCCGUAAGAGUUUGGAGAAGGAGAAAUUUCUCAACAGCUGUAUAUUAGAUGUAUUUUCAUUACUGCUUGUUUGUACAUUCUAAGUUUUGCAGAAGACGGCAAUUUGAGGUUGUAGAGGGAUUAAAGGUUCCAUCAUGUAGUUGGGCAAAAUAUAAUAGCUGAUAUUAUAGAGUGGUGGUGUUCUGUCAUUGCUGUGGAACUAAUACUGUACUGUCAUGGCAAUAUAUGCUGCUGUCACCUUCGCACAAUGCUAUUGUAAUUUUAGCGAAAGGGAUCCCAGUAGAUUUUAUCACAGUGUAACUUUUUUUUUAGUUAUUCUGAAUUAUAAAACUAGCUUUAUCCUAAGGCAUACUUUCUUAUUACCAUGCAGAUAACUUAAACUACAUUGAACUGAUUGAGUUAUAUGAACAUCCAUUUUCAUCCAGGCAUUUUAAAAUACUGAAAACACCUCUGUUUUAGUAAAACUUUGGUUGAAGGAAAUUAAUUCAUUUUGGGGAAUCCAAAACUGUGUUGGAGAACAAUGGGUAAAAGCCUUGUGUUGCUCAGAUUUAUUUGCGAAGCCUCUUGAUUUUUUAAACUUAAAAAUAUACAUACAGUUGAAUAUUAAAAACUUCAGAUGCGCAAAUAGCAUCACUUUGGUUUAAAACGUCCACUGAGCAAAGGUAGGAGUUGUAAUGAUUAUAAACUGUACUGUUUUGCGGCAGUUUGUACUUCUGCAGUCAUUAUUGUCCUGCAUGCUGGACAUGCCUUAGUGUACAUCUAGAACAGUAAUCAUCAGAAUUGGUUUGGGAUUGUGGGAAGAUGUUUGAAACAGAAAUGGGAAGUUUCCAGUAUGAAAAAGAAAAAGGCAAAACUUGAUGGAAGGCAAAUGUUUUCAGCAUACCUACAUUGAAUUAUUACCUUCCUAAAAUGAUUACCUUCCUAACGAUUACCUUCGGCCUGCACUACCAUGACAAAAUGGGUUUGUUUCUUGCAGAUAAUGCAUAUCAACAGAUGGUAUACUAAGAGUAAGAUGUUUCCUGGAAAUAAAAAGAUGACAUUUAAGUUAA